CACUUCCGUUCCUGCCAUUUUGCUGCUGAAGCUGCUUGAGAGCAAGUUGUGCUUGUGGUGAGGGGUGCCACUGCAGCCUUUGAGCGAGGUCUAGCGUUUUUCUAUUUUACAACAUCUGGAGACAACUAUAGCGGAAGUAAUUGUUUUCUGAACACGCUAUUUACGCAAAAUGUCCGACUUCGACAGCAACCCGUUUGCGGACCCGGACUUCAGCAACCCUUUUCAGGACCCAUCAGUGACACAGGUAACACAGAAUGCCCCUCCAGGUUUGGAGGAGUACAAUCCUUUCACGGACGCCAGAACGGCGGCCCCUGGCUCCGCCCCUAAAGCCCCGCCCACCACCAACACACAGCCUGCCAUCAUGAAGCCCACAGAGGAGCCUCCGUCCUACACGCAGGUACAGACACAGGACCAGGUUCGGGCCCAGGCGGAACUUUUGAAGCGUCAGGAGGAGCUGGAGAAGAAGGCUGCGGAGCUCGACCGGCGGGAGAGAGAGAUGCAGUCUCUCAGCGCCUCAGGAGGAAGGAAAAACAAUUGGCCUCCUCUUCCGGAGCAGUUGCCGGUCGGGCCCUGUUUUUACCACGACAUCUCCGUGGACAUACCUGUGGAGUUUCAGAAGACGGUGAAAAUCAUGUACUAUCUCUGGAUGUUCCACACGGGGACGCUGUUUGUGAACAUUUUUGGGUGCCUGGCCUGGUUCUGCGUGGACGCCACGCGGGGCGUGGACUUCGGCCUGGCCAUGCUGUGGUUCAUGCUCUUCACCCCCUGCUCCUUCGUCUGCUGGUACAGACCCCUGUAUGGAGCCUUCAGGAGUGACAGCUCCUUCAGAUUCUUUGUCUUCUUCUUUGUGUAUAUCUGCCAGUUCGGCGUGCACGUGCUGCAGGCCAUCGGCAUCACAGGCUGGGGAGCGAGCGGCUGGAUCUCGGCGCUCACCGGCCUGAAUAAGAGCGUCCCGGUGGGCAUCAUCAUGAUCCUCAUCGCCGCCCUCUUCACCGCCUCCGCUGUCAUCUCGCUCAUCAUGUUCAAAAAGGUGCACGGGCUGUACCGGACCACCGGCGCCAGCUUCCAGAAGGCGCAGCAGGAGUUCGCCACGGGCGUGAUGACCAACAAGACGGUCCAGACGGCCGCGGCCACCGCCGCCUCCGGUGCCGCCCGGGGAGCCUUCAAAGGAGAGCAGAUCUGAGCCGCCCAAAGCGCGUCGCCACCGUCCACCGCCCCAGCCCCGCCCCUCCCCUACCCCUGACCCCGUCCACUCCAGACACCCGACUCCGCCCUCAUGGUUAAUCCAGUACACUCCAGUGACUCCACCCUCACCCCCCCCCCCCCAUCUCUCAGCCCCGUUGUCGUUCUCUCCCUCACGCGCGUGCACGGGCCGAGAGAUGGGCGUGCCAAACAGUGUGUUCCCCCCCGAAACAGUUUAAAAAGGGUGUUCCCAACAGAGAGACUGCUCCUCCUCCUGUGUGUGGAACAGGAAGUGAUGAAAUAAAUGCCCCCCCCCC